CUGUCAUUACCUUUUUGUUUACUGUUUCAAUUUACUGAAUUAUACAUACAAUGAAGAGCACAAUAAUAAAUGUACAUACAGCUUGAUGAAUUCUCACAUAGUGAGCCUGUUACAAGUAAUCUAUUAUUAACUUUUAAGAUGAUACAGUGCUAUGAUCGAAGGACUAAAAUGAUCAACAUCACCAUAAAAGGCAGAGUCAUAAACAAGAACAAUUAAGUGUAAUUAAAUCAGGUGGGAGGCACACUUACAAAAAUGAAACAAUUUUUGGCUCACAUUUCACACAGGUAUUCUGUAUCUUUAGAACAUGAGAAAAUACAUAUUCUCAGUCUGAUAGGUCUCUGACUUGGGGGUUCUUUUACUGUACUUUUUUUUUUCUCUCUAGUAGCUGAACAUUUUAAAGCAAUCAGCAGAAAAAAUAUAAAACUUCAGAACCCAUUAGACUUUUAAAAGCAACGUUCUUGCCCUUUCCAGAGAUACAUUCCUUAAUUCUCCUACAAAUCAUGACCUUACACGGUAACUUUAAGGGUGAACAUCAACUUAUCUACAUUUUGGUGCUUUCUUUCCCUUAAGUGGCAGAUGGUUUCUAUUAACCUAAAAUUGAAGUCAUUGUUGGGGGACCCCUAAUUCCAUGUCUAGUCCUAGUGCCCAGAGGCUACCAAAGACGAUACGAAUUUCUCAGGCACUCUACCCACCGUUUACCUUGUUAAUACAAAUCUUUCCCAGACCUGGGUCCCGAAAUUAUUUUACCCUGCAGAGCAGUAGUGUUAUGGUGUUCAUUCAGUGAACUCUUCCCUAGUUUUUAAUCUUUGUGAUUUCUGCGUAUACUUGAAGCCACCAGUAACUUUCCCAGUUACAAAGAAAGUGUAACACAGGUCGCUAUUUGUUUUGUUCGGAAUUUACGAGCAAUUUAACCACACGUGAUUAGCAACAUUAAGGGGGCUCCUUCAGGCAAAGAAUACACAGAAUGAGAGGCCCGGUACCCAAAUGAAGCAACGAUGAAAGAUCGGCGAAGCUCAGCAAGGUGCCUGAGCGCCACGGACGCCUGCUCUGAUUUCAGGUUGCCGGCGCGCGCCCGCGGGUCUGCCUUUAUGGACGAGGCGCAAGAGGGGUCCAGGAAAGAGGGUGCCCUUAAGAGACUCGGAGAUGAGCGUGGGCAACCCUGCCACCAGCCGCCCCUGCCACCAGCCGUCCCCACCACAAAGAGGAGGAAACGCUCCACAUCCCGUCACCAGGGCAACUCUGCAACCCGACACCGAGGCUCAAGAUUCCGCAUCCCGGGCAGCGGACACAGGAGGAAAGCACAUCGCGGCGCGGCCCGGCCGCGGGGCUCCAAGGCGUCCUUGCCGCCGCUAUUCCUGGGGUGCCGAGAGCGAGGCAGGGGCAACCCUCUCCGCCGGCCUGGGGCCGAAGCUCGGCCCUCCACCGCAACGCCACCGCGCCCAGCCGGCGCCUCCCGCACGUGGCGGCCGUGAUUGUCCCGGGGCGGUAUCCCUCCGCGCCCCCGCCUCAGUCUCCCCCCGCCCUUCCCGGGACCCUCCGUGCCCGGGCGCCGCGGAAGGAUCGCACGCACGCGCGCGCGCACGCCCCGUCGUGUCCGCGGAAAACGGAGGGCGCUGCGGUAAGGAGCAGCCGCCGCCGCCGGCACAGCCGCUUCGCAGCCUCCUACCGCUGGUUUGUCAGCCCCGCGGCUGCGGGCGGCCGGGCGGCCGAGCGCGCUCUGAGGUUCGUCCCUCAUCGCUGAACCCGCGUCCUCCCUCCGCAGCUCCUCGGGGAGGGGGGCGGUCGGUGCCUGCGCAGAGCCGCCUCCUCUCCGCCCCCGCCCCGCCUCCCCCCGCGCCGCCGCCGCCGCCGCCCGCUACCGCCGCCGCCGCCGCCGCCGCUGCGCCUGCUGCUCCUCGCCGUCCGCGCUGCAGUGCGAAGGGCUCGAAGAUGGCCGGUUGGCAGAGCUACGUGGAUAACCUGAUGUGCGAUGGCUGCUGCCAGGAGGCCGCCAUUGUCGGCUACUGCGACGCCAAAUACGUCUGGGCAGCCACGGCCGGGGGCGUCUUUCAGAGCAUUACGCCAAUAGAAAUAGAUAUGAUUGUAGGAAAAGACCGGGAAGGUUUCUUUACCAACGGUUUGACUCUUGGCGCGAAGAAAUGCUCAGUGAUCAGAGAUAGUCUAUACGUCGAUGGUGACUGCACAAUGGACAUCCGGACAAAGAGUCAAGGUGGGGAGCCAACAUACAAUGUGGCUGUCGGCAGAGCUGGUAGAGUCUUGGUCUUUGUAAUGGGAAAAGAAGGGGUCCAUGGAGGCGGAUUGAAUAAGAAGGCAUACUCAAUGGCAAAAUACUUGAGAGACUCUGGGUUCUAGCUGCUAGGCAGACUGUUAAGUAUUAGGGGAAAAUUGCUCUUAAACUUUCCUAGCUGUAAGCUUAAGUCUUAAUUCUGGAAAUUUUAUUAGCAAUGCAGGGUGAUGGGAUAUGAACCUGUGUCUCCUUUGUAUCCCUCUGUUGGUGGGGAAAGGUGUCUUUCUUUCUGCCCUCCCCCCCCACAAAAUAAUUCUGUUCACUUUUGUUUUGUUUCCUUGUGUACUCCAGCAUUGGUUAUAGUCAUGGGAAAGGAAGGUGUCCACGGAGGCACACUUAACAAGAAAGCAUAUGAACUCGCUUUAUACCUGAGGAGGUCUGAUGUGUAAGCAGCCUCUCCCCAUCUACCUAGCAACUGUCUUCAUCAACAACCCUAAUUAUGGUCACAAUGCUACCAAACUAUAGAUGGUAGCUAAUUUUUCUUUACCUAUUUUCUAAUGUCAUGAUUCCUGUUUGCCCAAUGGAUCAUUUGUAUGUUAACCACUGUAUGUAACCAACCCUUAUCUGGCAACAUAAUUGCAGCACAAUAAUGAUUUGCAUGAUACCUUGAAAUUGGGGGGAGGGGGCAUGCCAAGUUGGGCAUCACUUUGUCUUAGCAAUUAAUGGGAUAUUGAUUACUAAAAUAAGUUAAUAUUAAGCAAGGUGCCGGUUGUACAAUCUCUGAUCAGUGUCUUUUCAGCACUUUGAGCAUUUACUUGGCUCAUUUAGUCUUCCUUUUGUAGCGCAUGGUUGGGAGGAAAAAGUGCAUGCAUCUUUCCUUCACUCUUCUCUUUUUCCCGCCCUCCCCCCCCCCCCCGCCCCUUCGCACAUAGGCAUUUGGUUUGCUUCCAUCUUUUUUUAUGCAGUGCCUGUUUUUUUUAACCAAUUAAUAUCCCUUUUGUUGAUGAGCUAUUGAGAGCUGCAGUAGUUUGCUUUUAGUAUUGUUGUUGCACUUGAGUAGAGACAAACUUUUAUUCAUAGUGUCUACAGGACAUAUGAAGAGUGCAAUGGCAAAACAAGAGCAAAAAGCACUUCCUCCCAUGACCUUACAGUAACCAUACUGAUUGAAUCCCCAGGGACAUUCCAUCAUUGCAAUAGCUCAGAUUUUUCUUCCUUUUUCUUUGCACACCAGCUCUACUCUUUAGUAAAAUUGUAAAAGGCUGCCAUUAUGGACAUUAGGUAUCCCAACAUAACCAUCUGGAGUGUGUCCAGUUUGUUCUUCAUAGGACCAAUUUUUAUUUGCAGCUUGAGUUUUUAUAUGAAGUUGCAUUGUUGUGGACUUGGCUGUCUUGUGAUGAAUUUUUUUCAUAUGUAUUCUGUGCCAUACUAUUGUUAAAAUGAACUGUUGCUAUUGUGAGAUGGAUUUUAACUGACCUAUUAAGGGUUUCUUUCGAAUGGCACUACUUUAGGGACAUUCUAGUAUUUGCUUCUAUUGUUUGGGCCUUGUGGAUAAUGUACAGAUUUAAAAACAAAUCUUGUUGCUGAUUUGUCCAUUUCUUUCCCUGCACUGUUACAUCUGGGAUACAGUCUAACUCAUCUGAUUUAAUAUGCAUUUAAAAAAAUGCCAUAACUAUUAAACACCUUGUUUACAGACAGAUGAAAUAAAUUUAUUCCAACCAAAUA